AUGCGCCUCCCCACAACCACCCGCACCCUCUCCAUCAUCGGCUGCCACGCCGAAGGCGAAGUCGGCGACGUCGUCAUCGGCGGCGUGCUCGACCCGCCCAACUGCGCCACCAUGUACGACAAACUCGUCCACUUCCACACGCACGCCGACUCGCUGCGGUCCCUCCUCCUCAACGAGCCGCGCGGCCGCUCCUCGAUGAACACCAACGUCGUGCUGCCGCCCUGCCACCCCGCCGCCGCCGCCGGCUUCCUGACCAUGGAGAGCGAGGAGUACGCACCCAUGUCCGGCUCCAACACCAUCUGCACGACGACGGUGCUGCUCGAGACGGGGAUGGUGCCGAUGCAAGAGCCUGUGACUGAGAUGGCGCUGGAUACGGCGGCGGGGUUGGUGCGCGUGAGGGCGGAGUGCGCGGGGGGCAAGUGUCGCGCGGUUGAGUUCGCGAACGUGCCGGCGUUUGUGUUUGAGUUGGAUUAUCCGGUUGAUGUGGCCGGGCUGGGAUGCGUCAAGGUCGACGUCGCGUGGGGCGGGAUGAUGUACGCGCUGGUCGAUGCGCGGAGUGUCGGGCUGUCGAUUGAGAACCGCAACGGGCCGCGGUUGGUCGAGGUCGGCGAGCGGAUUAAGCGCGCGGUGCAGGCGCAGUACACGCCUGUGCAUCCGGAGAAUCCGCGGAUACGGGGCGUGAGUAUUCUGGCGUUUACGGAGCCGCUGGAGGAGGGGGACGGGUGCAAGAUGGCGGUUAAUGCGGUGGUCGUGGCGCCGGGGAGGUUUGAUCGUAGUCCGUGCGGGACGGGGUCGUCGGCGAGGAUGGCGGUGUUGCAUGCGCGGGGGCAGUUGGCCGUGGGGGAGACGCUGAGGCAUCACAGUAUUAUUGGGACCGAGUUCGUUUGCCGUAUCACGGGGACAACUAUGGUUGGGGAGUACGACGCGGUGCUGCCGACUGUCAAGGGGAGGGCUUGGAUUACGAGCUUCAAGCAGAUCGUGCUGGAUGCUACUGAUCCGUUCCCUGAAGGGUUCAGGGUGGGUGAUCAGUGGCACAUGGUUGAUGAUGAGCCUACGAGUAACGCUGGAAACUGA